CUCCCUUCCUUUCACCGCCACCCCCACUUCCACCUUAUCUCUUACAUUUCUUGCCUCUCUCUCUCUCUCUCUCUCUCUCUCUCUCUCUCUAUAGCUAGUUUAAUGGCUGCAACUGAUCUAAUGGUUAAGGUUAACUCGUCACAAGUUUGCCGCGAUCAUCCACCACCCAAACUGACCACCAUAAAAAAGCUUAUUGCGGAAUCACAAGACACCAACGGCAACUUCAUUGUUCCUCCCACUUAUACCUACACAAACAAUAAUAAUCCCCACGAUGAUCAGAAAGCUUUCGAAGAAGAUACAGAAGCAGCAACCAUUCCGACCGUUGACUUCUCUCUUCUCACAACAUCUGCUACUCCUGAACAGCGCUCUAAAGCCAUCAACGACCUCGGCAAAGCCUGCCAGGACUGGGGCUUCUUCAUGGUGAUCAAUCAUGGUGUGCCAGAGAGUCUGAUGAAGGUAAUCUUGGAUGGUUGUGAAGGCUUUUUUGAUCUGACGGAGGAGGAGAAGCAGGAGUUUGAAGGGAAGCAUGUGUUGGACCCCAUCAGAUGCGGGACCAGCUUCAAUACCUCCGUGGAGAAUGUUCGGUUUUGGAGGGAUUUUCUCAAGGUUUUUGUAUAUCCUGAGUUUCACUUCCCCUCUAAACCUGCUGGCUUCAGUGAGCUUGCAUCAGAGUAUUGCAAAAGAACAAGAGAAGUGACAAGGGAGCUACUGAAAGGAAUAUCAGAAAGCCUGGGGUUGGAGGCCACAGACAUAGACAAGGCCUUGGAUGUGGAAUCAGCUGGCUUGCAAAUCUUCAUUGCAAACCUGUAUCCUCCUUGUCCACAGCCUGAACUUGCAAUGGGGAUGCCUCCUCAUUCUGAUCAUGGCCUCUUGACCCUUCUCAUGCAGAAUGGGAUCAGUGGCCUUCAAGUGCAACACAAGGGUAAAUGGGUCAACGUCAAUGCUGCACCCUACUCCUUCCUUGUCAACACUGGCGAUCACCUUGAGAUAUUUAGCAAUGGAAAGUACAGGAGCAACAUUCACAGGGCAGUGUUGAACAACAAAUCAACAAGAAUAUCGGUAGCCACUCCGACUGGCCCAUCACUUGAAACAGUAGUUACACCUACACCAAAGUUGGUAGACACUGCAAAGCAUCCGGCAGCAGCAUAUAUUGGCAUGAAGUACAAGGACUACUUGGAGCUUCAACAAGGCAGCGUACUUGAUGGGAAAGUCAUCUUGGAUCGUGUACGUGCGGGGGUUUCAAACUCUGAAUAGAAGAAAAACACCAGGAAGUAUCCCAUAUUCUAGAGUACUGCAGAAAAUCCCUUAUAGCUCCCUCUGGAGCUUUGGAAUUGGGUCUACACUUUUGGUCGUAGCUAGCUGGCUAGCGUAACGACAUGGUGUCAUGUUUCUGUACACUAAUGUGAAUAAUAAUGACACAAAAAAUAGUCGUAAAUAAGUUCAUUGGAGCAAUUGCCAAACAAUUUCAGCUUAUUAA